CUCUUAUAAUUUGGAUGUCUUGACUCCUUUCAUUAAUUGUGAAAUGUUAAGUAUUGGAAAAAAUAACAUUCGUGGAAAUUUAAGUUCCUUGCGAUAUUGGACUAAUUUAAAAAGGCUAGAUUUAGCAGGAAUAAAUCCACAAGUUUAUGGGUUAGAAUAUAUUGCGCAUAACCCUUUUGAUGGAGUAAGUGAUGAGUAUGGAAUAUUUUAUCAAGAUUAUGGGCCCAGAAAUAUAGAUCUAUUUAAUAAUGAUACUUGGAGAGGUCCAAGAAGUAAUUUUCGAAAACUUAUUGACAAAAAAAUUUGUGAAACAAUCAAUAGUUUAUGGCAGCAGUUAGAAAAGCAAGAUCAAGAAUUAGAAAGGUUAAAGCAGCAAAAUCAAGAAUUAGAAAAGUCAAAGCAGCAACUUGAAGAGUUUUCUAAACUACUUUUUCCAAGUCAAUCUUAUAAUUUCACUCAGAUUAAACAAGAAAUUGCACGUCUUAAAUACCAAGAAUUAGCACCGCAAAUUAGAAAAAAAAAAGAACAAUUAGAGCAACUAGUCAUUGACGCUAAAACUAAAACUGGUAAUCUAGGAAAUAUAGUCGACCUAUUCCUAGAAACUCAAAGACAAAUUACAAAAACUAAUCCCGAAAGUAAUGAAUAUUUUCAAACGAAGGGACAAUUAAAUGCCUAUCAAAGUGUUUUAGAAACCAAUUUUACCAAGGAAGAAUUACAUAAUCUUCUUAAUAAGCAAAUAGAACUUGUUCAAUUAGAGAAUCUUUUAGCUAGUUUACAAAUUAAUAAUCCUCAAUAG